AUGGACUGGACUGGAUUGGACAUAACUGUACUAAACUGCACUGGACUGGACUGGUGUGGAAACUGGACUGGACUGGACUGGACUGGACUGGACUGGACUGGACUGGACUGGACUGGCCGGGAUCGGACUGGACUAGACUGGACUGGACUGGACUGUACGGAAUUCUACUGGACUGGACUGGACUGGACUGGACUGGACUGGACUGGACUGGACUGGACUAAAUUGGAACGUACCGGACUGGACAAACCUGGACUCGACUGGACUGGACUGGACAGUACUGGACUGGAGUGGACUGGACUGCAAUGGAGUGGACUGGGCUGGACUGGAGUGGACUGGAGUGGACUUAACUGUACUAUACUGCACUGGACUGGACUAUACUAG